CGACAACAGCAACAUGUUCACGUCAAUCUCAUACAUCACACACAGCGACAAAAAGGCAAAACACUGACUGACACACGACAACAACUCGAAAAAUAAAAAUUCUUCGCUUCUUCUUCGUGCGCAAAACAACGCAACACGCGCUGCUGCUGUCCUUCCAUUUACACGCCGCUUCUGCGAUCCACACCCCUUGUUUGACCUUCUCUCAUCCCUUCUGUACCGCCCGCCCAGUCAGCAGCCAUGCCUAAGAUUGGUCUCAUUGGAGGCAGUGGCCUCUACAACAUGGAGGGCCUCACCGUCAACGAGAAGCGUGAGAUUGACACGCCUUUUGGCAAGCCCUCUGGCCCUUACAUGCUCGGGCAGAUCGAUGGCGUCGACGUGGUGUUCCUGCCCCGCCAUGGCCCUGGCCACUUCCACCUGCCCACCGAAGUGAAUGUUCGCGCCAACAUCUGGGGCAUGAAGAAACUCGGUGUUGAGUGGAUCAUCAGCGUCAGCGCCGUCGGCUCCCUGCAGGAGGACAUUGCGCCCGGAAAGGUCGUGCUGGUCGACCAGUUCAUUGACCGCAGCCACCACCGCCGCCGUACCUUCUUCGGCGAGGGUACGUUGUUGAUGUGUGCCAUUGCUCGCGUUGCUGCCCACGAGGGCGCGCACCCGCAGGCAGAUGCCAUGCAGCACGCCGUGAUGACGGCCGAGCACCUCAUCCCCAACGCCACCCGCCACAAGCUCGCCCCAGUCACUUCCAAGUACUACCCUCCGCAGGAGGGCGAGUUUGAGGGCGAGAUGCCCACCGUGCCCGAGCCCGCUUCCUUCUCCUCCUCCUCCUCCUCGUCGUCUGGUGUUGAUGUGCAGACCAUUGGCAUUGCUGCUGCCGUCGCCAUGUCUGCGCUGGCGCUCGCCAAGUCGUUCAACCUCGUCUGAGGCGAGGCCCUGUUGCAGAUGCAUGGCGCAGUGCACUGGCCUGUUUGCUUCUUCUUCUUCUUCUUAAGGUUGCUUGCUUGGAUGUGACCUUGCGGUUUUGGGGUCUCACUCGCUGCUGCGGCUCUUCCUGGCUUGUUGUUGUCUCCCUUGUUGACACAUUGAAGCGUGCACUGCCUCCUACAAUACACACUCUGGAAUGCA